GCGCUGCGUGGUGGUGGGGAACGGUCACGUGCUCAAGGGGCGUGGCCUCGGGGCGGCCAUCGACCGGCAUGACGUCAUCAUCAGGAUGAACGAUGCCCCAACGCUGGGCCACGAGGUGGACGUGGGCCAGAGGACGACCCUGCGUCUCCUCUACCCAGAGUCGUCCUCCACCUCCUCGUCCUCCACCUCCUCGUCGUCCUCCACCUCCUCCUCGUCGUCCACCUCCACGUGGGGGCAGGGAGAGGGCAGCCUCAUGGCCGUGCUGGCCUUCAAGCCGGCCGACCUGCAGUGGCUGCAGCAGAUGGUGGAGAAAAAUCUCUCGCCUGGGCGUGGCCUGUGGAGGCAGGCGGCCCGCAGCUGGCGCGUGCCGCCCUCCCACGUGAGGGUCCUCCACCCACGAUUCGCGCUGACGGCGUCACGUGACCUGCUGCUGCUGCCCGUGACGGAGACGCGCCCAGGCUCCGCCCCCUCGGCGUGGUCAAAGCUACCCACCACGGGAUUCAUCGCUGUUCUUGCCGCUCUCCACGCCUGCCCCGAAGUUUCCAUCGCCGGCUUUGGCUAUCCGGCAAAUUCGCCGGGAGCUCUGGUCCACUACUACGGCCAGAGCCGUAUGCAAGAAAUCACGAAGGAUAAUAUCCACAAUGUGUCUUCUGAAUGGAACCUCCUGCAGCAACUCAUGGAGUUGGGUCACGUCACGAAUCUGACUCCUGUGAUAGCAAGCGACAAUCCUCAUGAAUCUCCAUCGCCAGCGACUCGCUAGGACUCCCUCCGUUCCAGCAGCCCCUCCAGGAGCCAGGGUUUUGUGCUGAUUGGUCGUGAUCAGCUGCCAACUUGCACAGCCAAACUCAUCAGGAACCCGAUCAGUCGACAUCUGGGGGCAGUUCCACCAGAACUGGGGGAAUGCUGGGACUGCUGAUGAGACUCUAAAUGUGGAACCCGUAGCUCACCCUGUCAACAUCUGUGAGUGAGUGGG